UUAAAACAUGCGUUUGGAUCAGUUUGGCAAGAGUGGAUCAGAGACAAAUUCAUUUUUUGUUUUGACGGGAGGUUGCCUGCCUUUUUCGAAUAAAUGAACCAAGAAGGUUUAGGAAAUGCAGCAUUACAUACGUCUGUCCACUUCAAAGUGUCAGCUCAAGACAAUAAUAUUGCGAUGUUUUCACGAUCGUUGCGCUGUUCCACGAGUUGUGGACGAUCCAGAAGGAAAGAUGCAUCCAAUAACGGAUGCUGGGUAUAAAUAUCGUUACCAUCGACCAGGUGUUGACCCGUUGCCGCGAAUACCGAAUUGCAAGGUACCAGUACACAAGCCUGAUUAUAAAGUACGCGAUUGCUGGUCUGCGGCACAAGCAAGGUUUGGUGAAAAUGAUUAUAUCGAUUUAUUAGGUGAUGGUAGUAUUCACCCAGCUCAGCUGCAGUACCAUGUUCCAGCAUGGCUUCGUGGUUUUCCAGGUCAACAUCGAGCCAACGAAUUGGUGAAGCUGAUUCAUUUUCGUAAUUUGCAUAAGGAGAAAAUGCAAAUUAAUUCACCUCGACGGUGGUAUGAUCUGCAGAAACGAAUUAAAUAUUUGCUUCAGAAACAUAAUUACUACAAGCAGGAUGAGCUGAGGGAUGAACGAUAUCUUGGAUUAUGGGAGGAAAAACCGGACUAUUUCUACAAGGACAAAUCUAGAAGGAGCUAUCAGGACCUCGUUUGAUGUCCUUUUUUUUGUGUACCUCUUCUGUUUCUUGCAAGUCGAAUAAAACUGUAGUGAGGGAAGUUUGCAUGGAUAGGAUAGUUAGUCCUUCAUACACAAACUAUAUCUAGCACCAUAUCAAGUGCAGUACUCUCCAAGUUAAGAAGGAAGUACUGUGCUGUGACUUUUAGCCGUAAACCUGUAUUUGCAUGCUGUUGGAAACUUAUAAUCCUAUCUUCGAGGAAGUCUUACUUCUUAUUUUAAAUUGAUACCUGUCCGUUCAAACUGAUAUCUAUGUCAUUUCCGAUGUAACGACAAUAAAUUUCCUUGAUUCAGUCUGGUCUUUUCAAAGAAAACUAAUUUCAUAAUAAUUUAUGUUAAUAUAUCUUUCAGGGCUGACUUCGCUGCUGUGAUACAAGAUUUAAUCCUAAUUUAGUUCUAAUGCAGAGCAUCAUAAUGCUUCAUUUAGUGGUAGUUUAUAAUGCUGACGAAUUUUCCUUCUUUCAUCUAUUUUUCGUUUAAUAGUUUUGGAUCGGUUUGGUCUCAAAGAAAAACAGGCUCUACGAUGGGACAAAGAAGAACUUGAAGCUUUUCUGUCGCGGAGUAUCUCGAGAUGUCUGAGACAUUAUACUUCAUUUAAAUAAUUGUUGUUUUUUAAGUACAGCGACAAAUAAGUUUCAUUUCAUUUCUAUUUUUAUGAUCUUCCAUGUACUUUGCUGUGUAUAUUCGUUGCGUGAAG